AUGCAUAUAUUGACUGAGUUCAAGUAUUGCCUCAUGCUUCUAUACCAACACCCAGAUAUUGCACAGCGCGUGAGAGCAGAGCAUGAUGAUAUUUUUAGCCCGGACAGAGAUAUCACCCUCCAGCUGCUCAAGACCAACCCCGAGCGAUUAAACCAGCUUGUACUCACGCUUGCUGUUAUCAAGGAAACACUGCGGCUCUUCUCCAUGGGGGCGAUAUUAAGACAACCAAACAGCGAGCAUAUUAUUUCCCCUGAAGGACAGAUGUACCCAAUCCGAGACCAUGUAGUUGUUCUGCUCCAUACUGCUAUGCACCGACGAUCUGAUCUUUUCCCUGAGCCGGACAAAUUUGAUCCGGACCGCUUUCUGCCUGACGCAAGGCGAAAGAUCCCUCCUGAUGCCUGGAGGCCGUUUGAAAAAGGGAGGGGAAAUUGUACUGGGCAGGAGCUGGCGCUCAUACAACUCAAAUUGGUUCUGCUGCUUACAGUGCGGCAGUUUGACUUUGAGCUGGCAUACGAUCCCCAGUCUACCAGAGGGCCGGAUAUCUAUGGUGGUCUUGCAUAUGUGACGAUGAGCGGGACAGGCCCAACUCCUGCCGGUGGAAUGCCAAUGCGUGCUGUUCGACGAGUGGACUGA